AUAACAAAAAAUGAUAAACAGUAGGUCGAGCUUUUGAAGGGUCAUAGUAUUUACAGUUUCAUGAUUAUACUCGAGCAAGCCCUGGACAAAUCCAUCAUGAAACUAUACGUUCCACUCUUCGCUUUGCUGUUUGCUUAUCAUGUUCAAGCCGCCGAGAUCUGUUACGAAGGCUUGGGCUGCUUCACAGACGAUCUCGAGUGCCACAAAUACCGCUUCCCGCCACAAACUCUGGAAGAAAUCGACCUCCACUUCUACCUCUACACUCGACGUACACGGGACACACCCUACGAGCUAUUUUGGAAUGACGUCGAGAAUAUUCGAAGCUCGAACUUUGACCCGCUGAAGAAGACAAAGAUUGUGACGCAUGGUUUCCUGGGGAAUUACUCAGAGCCUAUUUACGCCGACAUUAAGGAUGGCUUUAUUGCAAGGGAAGAUGUGAAUUUCAUUCUCCUUGACUGGCGGGAUGGGGCCGUGACGCUUUAUCCGAGGGCCAUGCAGAACGCCAGGGUGGUGGCCCGCCAACUCAGUCUUCUCAUCAAGGCCUUGAACAGGGAGUUUGGAGCCUACUACAAAGACGUCCACAUCAUGGGCUACAGUCUUGGUGGCCACGUCGCCGGGUACGUCGGGCAAGAGAUCCCUGGACUUGGAAGGAUUACUGGUCUUGAUCCAGCCGGUCCUGGUUUUCAGAACACUGACAUUCCCGAAUGUAGAUUGGAUAAAAGUGAUGCGAUCCUUGUAGACGUCAUCCAUACUGAUGGAAGACCUGCUGGAUAUGGAACACUUACACCGUUCGGUCAUAUGGAUUUCUACCCCAAUGGUGGUCUUGAUCAGGAAGGGUGUUCUUUAGAUGUUGUGUCUGUAUGCAGUCAUAUGAGAGGUAGAGAUUACUUCCUCGAAAGUCUGGUCAACCAAGACUGUCACUUUACAUCCUAUCCGUGCUCCGACUGGAAUAGCUUUCGUCUCGGUCGAUGUAAUUCUUGCGAUGACGGUGGGUGUCCACCUAUGGGUAUCGAUGCCGAGCUCAACCCGAUCGAAGGCUCAUUCUACCUCCGAACCAACGCCCAAUCUACAUUCUGCAUAGAAUAAAAUAAUUAUCAAAAAUUAUUUGAUUGUUAUUUAAUUAUUAAACAUUAAUAUGAAGGGUGCAAUUUUCAAAUCCACUCAAAAUAAGAGUCGAGAUGAAUUUAAAAAAUAAAAUAAUUAAGUAAAAUUUUAUAAUGUGAUAAUGACAAACAUGUUUUUUCUAAAAAUCAGAAGAUGAUAAUAAAGUUAACACAUAUUCAAAAUAUCCAUUUUGUAUUUUGUUGUGCAUAAUCAUGUCGUCAUAUUAAAGUUAAUUAGCGGAUCCGAA